UUUAAAGCAUAAAUAUAAUACAUAUAAGAUUUUGAUAUGAUGUGAUAUCCAUCUGUAGUAUCAUCACAAUUUAUUAUUUACACAAAUUCAACAUGUGUUCUAUAUGAAACUUUUUAGUUGAUAUAAUCUAUGUUAGAUAUAACGAUUACCUAAAAUAGCUCGCAAGAAAAAGCUUAAAUAUGUUGAUUAUAAAUAAAUUGUUGGGAGAUGACAAAGAUCAAGGGUGGGAGUAGUCCUUUUAUAUUGAUUAAAAGAAACUUAAUUAGUCUCUUGGCCAUCUUCAAAGUAAAUCGAUGUUUCGCGGUCCUGCUAACUUUCAUGGGUGUCAAACUUGUAUAGUAAAUUCUUCGUACCUUCGUCGUCCAUGUUGUUGUCAGUCGCAGUCGCAAUUUCGUUGUCCGUACUGUUCUUGUCCAUUCUUUCACCUACAUGAUGUUCCAUCGACGAGUGGAAGGUUUUACGGCUAUAAUAACUAUGGCAAUAGCUCCCCGGACCAGUAUACACUUAGACGUAGUUCCUCAGAUAUCUCAUUACAUAGUUUUUACAAUGAAGGUUUGAAUGAGGUAGAAGCAUCAGUGGGAGACGACAAUACAGGCUUACCAGAAUGGAAAAUAUCCAAAUUACGAACUCAUAAAUAUGGGAAAAAACCCAAAUUCAGGUGGUGGUGGCAAAAGAAAAAGAAGUUUGUUGCCGAUGAUUCCCAGUGUACGAUAUGCCUAGUCGACUAUGAGAAGGGAGAUAAAAUAAUGACUUUGCCAUGUAAUCAUAUCUACCACAAGGAUUGCAUUUUGCAUUGGUUCAAAGAAAACAGGGUAUGCUGCGUGUGCAAACGAGAGGUUUAUUAAUAUAUUAAUGCUAAUUCUCGUCGGAAAAUAAUGAUUAAUUAACAAUGUAAUUUGGUCAUGGUAAAUUCAUUAGAUAUAGAUAUUAAGUAUAUGAAUUUUUUCAUCCAUUGUGAUUAUUUAUUAUUUGAGGUGUUAUCUGCGCGAGGUGCUGAAAUUAAAUAUUAUAAAAAAACAAAAUAAUUGCUGAAA